AUGCGUUUCUCCAUCCUCGCCGUCCUCAGCCUCUCGGCUAUUGCUACUGCCGGUACCAUUGACACCCGGCGCUCCGACGAUGCAGAUGUCGCCGGUGUCCCACGAAACAUACUCGACGAUUGGCACUCCCACCAUGACGCGGCAGGGUUGGACCUCCAUGGUUAUGUGUAUGAUACGGAGACUAUUUGCAACGAUAACUCAUGGAAGGUGGCCUUCUCAUUUGGACAGCUCGACGCGAACUCCACCGCGUUCUCGGUCGACGUCUACUCCCUCCACGAUGAGGAACCCAUUUUCACGCACCACUCCACGCCCGAGCUUCUCGCCAGCUACAGUACUGAUGGUGUCGCGGCCGUGGACUCCGACACCCUCAAGUUCCCAGACUUCUUCGCCGAUUUCCUCACCCAGCACCCAAUCCCCCUGCCUCUCCACAGCCCCAUCUGUAGCAAUGCCGCAUAUCUAUUCUUGGCUAUGCCCUGGAGAACCCCACGGACCUUCUCCAAGACCAUGAAGGUUCUGCAGCCGGAGUUUGACGACCGUCUCAACGAGCGGGCCGCCGGGUUGGUGUCCGACUUGGUCACGGCGGCAUUCGUGCCGGCGCUGCAACCCGCGGCGAAGGCCGAAACCAGUGCGGCCUACACAGGGACGUACUCGGACGAAGCCACGAACUCUACCAUGAUUAUCUUGGUUUUGGAAGACGACCCAUACCGGGACUUAUGUAGUUCGAAGUCGGUAUUCUUCCGCGCCGUUCUAUCAAGAUGUUCUUUCGCGCUACAUGUUCCGUGUCGGGAUAUCAAUGGCAGGCAUACCCACGGCGACGACGGCGAUGGUGGUAAGGACGAUGACCCCAGCCAGGGGGACUGA